UCAACUCACCCUUUUCUGUUGUAAAACCCUAAUUGCGGUGUAAAACCCUAGAAGGAGGAGGAGGAAGGAUGAGACCCUUGGACGAGAAGGAGACGAGCGCAGUGUUCGAGAAGCUGUUCAAGUUCGUCGGAAACAACCUGAAGAACAUCGUGGAGAACCCCUCGCACGAAGGUCCCGAUUCGAACCCCGGGCGCUACUGCUUCCGGCUCCACAAGAACAAGAUCUUCUACGCCAGCGAGUCCCUCGUGAAGCGCGCCACCAACGUCGCCCGCCCCAACCUGGUCUCCCUCGGCACCUGCAUCGGGAAAUACACCCACGGCGGCAGCUUCCACCUCACCGUCCAGGCCCUCAACUUGCUCGCCGCCAACGCCAAGCACAAGGUCUGGCUCAAGCCCCAGUCCGAGAUGUCCUUCUUGUACGGCAACCAUGUCUUGAAGGGCGCUCUCGGGAAACUCUCCGAAAACAUCGCUGCCGGUGACGGGGUUGUCGUCUUCUCCAUGGCCGACGUGCCGUUGGGUUUCGGUGUCGCCGCCAAGUCCACGCUGGAUUGUAGGAAGCUGGAUCCCAACGGGAUUGUUGUUCUGCACCAGGCCGAUGUGGGAGAGUACUUGAGGAUGGAAGAUGAGCUUUGAUGCAUUUUCCUAGUCUUGUAAUUGGUUUUGAUCCAUCUUAUCAAAUUACAUUAUCUUCUAUAUUAUAUUAUCUGAGACUUCGUUCUCCUUACAUAUGUAUUACUUCAGCCAAUGGAUCUGCUUUGUUGAUUUGUUGCUCUCGCGUUUUUGUUACCUACUUCUUCAUAUAAAAUAUGUAUAUCAACUUGUUCCUCUCGUGAGUUUAUUUGGUUGGUAUAUGGAAUCUUCUUCAA